AUGGCAGUGGGCAAGAACAAGCACCUCACCAAAGGUGGCAAAAGAGCCAAGAAGAAAGUGGUUGAUCCAUUUUCAAAGAUGGAUUGGUAUGAUGUAAAAGCACCAGCUAUGUUCAACAUUUGCAAUAUUGGCAAGACACUGGUUACAAGGACUCAAGGAACAAAAAUUGCCUCUGAUGGUCUCAAGGGUUGA